UUGUGCGGUGUGCACUCGCGGGAGUAUAUGAUUGGUAGCUUCAAAUCUCCAUUGCAAUUCCUCUUGAAAGAUUUUCAGAGAGAGAGAGAGGAAGAGAUGGGUUCUCUGUCGGGCGACAUGCCAGAUGAUCCGAUGAUCAAGAUCCUUGCAGCGUUGCCUGUGAAAUCCAUCUGCAAAUUCAAAGCCGUAUCCAAGUCUUGGGAGAGCUUACUGUCCUCUCACCACUUUGCCAUUAACCACUCUCUCUCUACCUCCCAUUCCCUAUCUCUCUCUCUCCAUUACCAAAAAUAUGGCUCCCAAAUGUUCUGUGCCAGUUCUCAGGAUAUAAGCGAUCCUCGGUCCUACACGAAAACUCGGUUUCAGCAUCAGGACCUUUGUUGGGUGGCCUGCAACAAUGGUAUGGUGUGCUGUCUCAUAGUUUCGAAAAUGGGUUCCUUCUUUACUGUUGCAAACCCUCUCAUACAGACAGUAUCCAUCCCCAUAUCAAAUCUAGAAUUCCAUGUGUAUGACUUUGGGUUUUACUUUGAACCCAUUACCUUAAGCUACAAGAUAUUGGUGAACAUCGAUCGCAAAGUUGGUGCCUUUUUUAUCUUUGACUCAUCGGUUGGGGGAUGGAGGCCGCCCAGAAACGAAACACAAAUUCAGUUAAAGGCCCUGUUUAUGAUGGUUUGUGUUGGUUCCACUUGCUAUGGAAUUUCAUCAGAGGAGCAGGGGGAGCGCCUUAUAAUGGGUUUAGAGAUGGAGAGAGAAGAAUGGGAAAGUAUCCAGACUCCAGCAAAGAUUGUAGAGGAAGGAUUCUACAAAAUCCAGGAGAGGGAUGGUCGGCUUUGUCUAGUACAGGUAAUUCCAGAUUCAAGAGCACAAGCACAAAUUUGGGUAUUAAGUGAAGGGAAGAAGUGGACGCAAUUGAUGAAUUUAGAUUUGAAGCAGUUGGGGUGGAACAAAUUGGAGCAGUCGGUGGUUGGGUUCGCUGAUUUUCUAUUGUUUCCACAUCUCUGGAUUGAUGACCGAUUACUUCUGGGCAUCAAGCUUAGCGAGGAGGUCGCUUUUAAUGAUUUGUAUACUUCGGACUUACAGGUGGUAUAUAAUUGCAAGAGUGGUCAGUUUGGUGAAAUUGUUGUUGAUGCUGAUAUCAGCUGUGUUCUGAUGUAUAAACCCACUCUAUUCACUUGCCAGAUUGAGCCAUACGGAAAAUAAAUAUGGGGUAGUUUGUAAGGUAGGGUUUUACUCUGUAAUUCUGUAAUUAUACUCCGUAAUUCUGUAAUCAUUUGUAUUUCUAAUUCUAUGUCGCUGGAGUUUGGCUUGUAUUUCACCUCUAGAGUUAGGGUGAUGUCCGUGAACUUUUUUUUUUUCAUGGAUCAGUAAGCUGGAUUGAACCCCAAGCUCAAUGUUUUAAACGGAGACUGCCUGACAUUUGAGCUAUGGGCUCAAACUGGGCAAGGUUCUCUAGAAUUUGCACAAAAUGCUAGUUCUAGAUUCCUUAUGUGGUCAUUUGAAUUGUUGUUGCAAUUGAUUGAAUCUUGCAGUACUUCAAGAA